GACACUGACUUUGGACGCAUUGUUUGGUACCAUAAUUUUGAACUAUUUUUUAGGCGUUAUGUUGAAAAGUAUGUCACUUUUGAUAAUGAAAAUUAUAAUUUGCAGUGUCUGAACGUAUUUUCUUUUGGUUUCCAAUCCAAUUUAUAUUCAGAAAUGUCCUGCAUACUGUGUAAAAGAACUGGUGGCAUUUUCAAUAUAUACACAAUUUACGGGAACGCUAAUCGCUGUGUAAGGGACGAUAUUAUAACAAUUUUAGGAGCAGAUGCGGAAUCAUAUUUACAUGCAAGUGAUUGCGUCUGCAACGUUUGUAUGAAUAUGCUUGAGAACGUAUCUAAAUUAAAGUGGAGGUUGUGGCGAGUUAUUGCCAAUGAGAACCAGGACUGUAAACCAAUCAACUUGGGUAAAAUAUGGGAAUUAUUUGCUACGUUUAAAAGAGAAGACGAUAGAGAAGAUGACGGCGUCUCGUGUAGGACCCCAACCCCCAAUUUGUUAGUUCUCAGCCAUUCUAGAGACUACAGUCCUGGUCUCGAGGAGCAAAUUCGGAUUAUGGAACGUAACAGAAGUAUAAGCAGAGCGAGUAGUGGUGUGGGCCGGUCCGACAUCUCUGAAUCCAGUAAAACAAACGGAAUACCAAGUAAAAGGAAAAGACUGCGAAGGAAGGGUCACAAUUGGACCCAUCGUAAACGUCACGGUCCCUCUCCGGCUAGCUCGGAAUUUAGUUACGGUACUUUCCCGCCCCGCAGGAGGAAUAGGAGGCAGAGCGACACUCCCUUAAGUGAACGUUCCUACAUCAGUUACUACACAAGAGACAAAAGUGGGUCGCUGACGAGGAAUUUCGAAGAAGGUAGACGUACAGGUACGAGAACUAGGUCUGUGAGUAGGGAGCAAGAAAGGGAGAUCAGGAAUCGUGAGGAAUUGGAACACACGAAGUUUUAUUGCACGGAGGAAGACUGCCCGUUGUACUUCGAGGACUUGGAUGUAUUGAACCACCAUAAAAUAAUGGAUCACGACGUACUGGCAUUGCAUUACUGCGACGAGUGUCAACAGCGGUAUACCACAGGGGAACACUUGAAGAUACACAAGGAAACCCACUACAUCGGUCCGUUUUGGUGUCUGCUCUGCUUUACCGAGAUCAAAAACCAAGAAGCCUUACAGAAACACCUGGAAGAGCACGCGUCCUACUCGGUGCGGUGCAAAUACUGCGACAAGUCCUUCUUAAGCAAAAGCUUACGGGAGGACCACCUGAAAACAGCUCACACCGAGAAAAAAGAGAGAAUAUUGUACAAAAAGGAUAUCAUUAUGGACAGGAUAGACAAAGACGGAGCGAAUCGGCCGCCUCAAAAAAAGAACUCGGGUAAUUCCCAGUACAAGGUCUUCAUAUCACCAUUCACCGGUGUGGAAUGUGGCGGUACAGAACUCGAUGUUACGCCUGAGAAUAUGGCGCUGAUGAACGUUGAUUUUGCCACGUGGGACGAGCCUAGUAGUAGUAAUGGUGCGUCGGAAGUGGUAGAAUCUGAAACGGGGACGGUUACAGUGGAAGCGUCGUGAGUGUAAGUGUGAGCUUCGUAUUGACGCUGUGCACGGGUAUCUGAUAAAAGUUACAAGUUGAACAAGUUGCGGGUUCCUUACCACAUCGUCGUUUUAGACUCGAGAGACGUAUCGCUCUCUUAUUUAGAAGAAUCUUUAAAACGAUAUUAAGUCCUCUGGUUGGUAUUUAUAUUUGACGUGUCAUAUUCCGAUCCUAGAUUUUUAUGGGUGAGUUUUUUUAAAAUUCCGUGUAGGUCUAAGCCAUCGUUUCAUUUGUCAUAUCUCGAUUUUUCAAAUUGUCUGUAAAGUUUUGGUAUUUGUCUAGGUCUUUU